AUGGCAAAUAAGGAGGUAAGUUUGGAGAACGAACACAAAGAUGAUGAUGAGGACAUUCAAAUAGUGUCACCAACAGAUGUUUCACCUGAUGGGAGUUCAAAAGCCAAGAAGCUGAAGAGUAAAAAAAGAAAACUAGAAAGCAAACGUCAAGAUGAAGAUGAAGUAGUAGCUGAACCUAAACCUGAACCUGAACCUCAACCUCAACCUGAAUCAGAAUCUUUUGAACACAAUAUUGUCCAAACAUUUAAAGAAAUUAUUGAUGUUAUGAGGGAAGGGAACAAAUCUCGUGACUAUACAGGUGAGGAAAUCGAGAAAGAGUUAGAGUUGAUGGGUUUGGAUGACGAUGAAUUUGCCGAUGCUUUCAUAUAUUUGUCGCGUAAUCAAGUCGAUGUUAGGACAAUUUUUAGUUCUUCAAUGAGGAUGAGGAAGAUCUUUUUAAGAAAGAUGAUGAAUAAAGCUAAAAAUUGA